CAUUGUUGUUACUCACACCCGGCAUUGUAACAAUUGGCGACGAGGAUUGUGGCCGUUUCCUCGCGGAAUUCGCCGCGAUUCUCGCAGAAGAAACUUCCGCGCUCGGGUGAGGUUAUGUUCGCCAUGGAGGAUUCGCUGUUCGGAACAGAUCCGGUGGACGAGUGGACCAUGCACCAGCUUCGUCAAAUCCUGGAUCAGCAACGAAACCUCAUGGAGAAACUAAACGUUCCGCCGCUGCCCGUUGUCCAGCUGGUAGCACAAGAGGACGUUCCCGACACCUGUGCACACGUGGACUUUUCUGGCGAGAGCUCGUUGGGUGCGAAGAAAGCGAAGGAGAUCCGGCAACCACGAAGGCACGCGGCCGUGCUUCCAGCCGAGGAGAAGCAAAAUUCAUCCAUCUCAGCAAUCAUUCAGCCGGUUGCCACCAAGAACCUCGAUCAUUACACGCUGCCCCCAUCGGAGACCAUCUUCAACAAGAUGGCGGAGCGCAGCAGCACCACCCUGUCAGCCAUCGGUCCGCAGCAGCUACCAAUCAUCACCACAACACACACCCCGGAUAACACAUCAGCACCGGAGGAUCAGCAGCAGUUGGUGAACAACACGGUCGGCACUCUCAGCGGCACAGGGCACACCGAUGACAUCUUGGUUGGUGACCAAUCGAAGGUUUGUCACGCAGCAGUAGUCCGUCAUCACAACAGGUAUCGUCAAGCAUUUCCCGUGGGUAUCGCCCGCCAAGCCUGGCACGCGAUCCAUCCCAUUGUUCUUUCGCCAGUUCAACAAGGACGUUCGUCCAAGUCGAUCACUCAAAACAACAACAACGGGGGGAGAGGCCCGCCGGGCGACCUUCACAACAAUUCAACGAUCGUCGCUACUCAUCAACCAGAACAACAAGAAGCAUAACACCAGUGCAAGGACUUCCAACACAGUUUAUCUGCCCGUUGCCUGGCCAUGGGACCCUGGUGGAAAGCUGCUACGUGUGUCUCCGGUGUGGCCACCAAACACAAACAUACCUCCACCGUGUCUCGCGGGGAGUUCAAGAAUUGGCCAUCAAAAACAUCAUCGUUUCCAGCCCGCUGUAGGUUUCGGUGUGCACUCAGUUGUACGAAGUCCACAGCAGCAGCAGGAUUGCCGGAGAAAACAGAGGACGUGUGGACGUGUUAAGGUGUGGAAUUCUCAACUGUAACAACAGGUAACAACGCUUUCGACUUCAGGUGUGGAGUGGUGAAGCGCUUCUGCGAGGGUCGACAAGGAUGGUUACCGAGGAUGGCGCUGGUCCGCUACGGUCUGAACUUCUUCUAAAAAGGGGGAGGUGUUGGGGUACCACCCUAUUCGCCUCCAACGUCAAGCUGUCAUCGCGACAGCAUCAACAUCCGCGUGUGUGAUCGCCACUCACUGCACGCGCGCCGGCUGAAGCAGACUUGUUUAUUUGAGUAGUUAGUUUUGUAUAAUUAGUGUAAUAAAACUAUAUUCUUUGUUACGUGAAACAUUGUUGUUA